AAAUCGUGUCCUCUUAUUCCGUAUACCGAGUUGGCAAAAAAGAUCUUGGACUUCCCCUUUUCUUCUCAGUACAAACACACAACUUCUCACUCUCGGAUUCUCUUUCGUCUCUUGUAUAGACAAAAGUUUCUUGCUUCUCACCGCGGCCGUAUACCUACUACACACCGCUCCUCUCACACGUCUUCCCCCCCCUUCGAACCCUUCUCAGUAUAAACAAGACAGUGAAUGUCCAAGAGAAAUUCCACCAUGGUUGCCAACGGAUCUGCUACUCCCUCAUACCUCCUGACCGGCAAGGUCGCUCUGGUCACUGGCUCAGGUACGUUGCCUCUGUUGUGUUGCCCAACAGCACAGACGGGCGCCCUUCGCGUUCUCCCCCCUGACUGCUCUGCCCCUCACCGCAUUUUCUGGCCCUGCAAAAAGGUCGGGGUGUGACCAACCAAAGCACACGACACAAGCACUGCAAAACAGAAGACGGAGGCAAAGAUAAGAGCAUAAUGAGCAUAGGCAUGAGAAAGAGAGAAGAGAAAGAAAGAAAAAGAAAAGGGGUUGACACAAGACAAACGAGGACCAGAAGGACUGACAUGCCUUCUUACUUCUAGGACGAGGCAUGGGCCGUGAGACCGCUCUCGAGCUCGCCCGCCGUGGUGCCGACGUGGUGGUCAACUACGCCAACAGCUCCGAGGCGGCCGACAAGCUCGUCGCCGAGAUCAAGGCCAUGGGCCGCGACUCGAUCGCCGUCAAGGCCAACGUCUCGGACGUGUCGCAGAUUGUCAACAUGUUCGCCGAGGCCAAGAAGCACUUUGGCAAGCUCAACAUCGUCGUGUCCAACUCGGGCGUGGUGUCCUUCGGCCACCUCAAGGACGUGACCGAGGAGGAGUUUGACCGCGUCUUCAACGUCAACACCCGAGGCCAGUUCUUCGUGGCCCGCGAGGCCUACAAGAACCUCGAGCCCGGCGGCCGCAUCAUCCUCAUGGGCAGCAUCACGGGCCAGGCCAAGGGUGUCCCCAAGCACGCCGUCUACUCGGGCUCCAAGGGCGCCAUCGAGACCUUCGUGCGCUGCAUGGCCAUCGACUGCGGCGACAAGAAGAUCACCGUCAACGCCGUCGCCCCCGGCGGCAUCAAGACCGACAUGUACCACGCCGUGUGCAAGGAGUACAUCCCCAACGGCGAGAACCUCAACGACGAGCAGGUCGACGAGUACGCCGCCACCUGGUCCCCCAUGAACCGCGUCGGCAUGCCCAUCGACGUCGCCAGAGUCACCGCCUUCCUGGCCUCCCAGGACGGUGAGUGGGUCAAUGGAAAGGUCAUUGGUAUCGACGGUGCUGCUUGUAUGUAAAAUGUCGUCCCUGACAAGCACCUCCGGACUCCCGAACCCGAACAGACAACAUUGAAGAGAGAAAGAAAAGAGAGAUGAGAGAGCAAGUUCACAAUCCCCCUUACCCUUUGAAGGACCCUAUAUAGACCUGGAGUCACCACAACCUCUAUUUUCCUUGUUGCGUCAAGGUUGUGGAGAGGCGUGACAGAAGACCCAGACCGUAAUCGAUUACUUGACCAACCUCUUUCUUGGAUGGAUGGAUUUCACGCGUUUACUCGUAUAGCGGGGGGAGUAGGGUUUGGAAAGAUUCAUUCUUCACAUAAAAAAGCGCAAAUGAGAAAAUGAUUCUUUUUCCUCUCA